UUUAGAUCCCCAGUAGACACUACACACAGCAGAAAUUAUGUGUUUGGGGCUCAAAAUACACGUGGUUAAACCUAGCUGGGAAAAAAAAUCUUGGAGGCUACAUCACUUUUGGGUCACUGAACUGUCACUCAAGAGAAACCACUGUUCUAUGGGAGAGGGUUGUGUCAGAAUUCCAAACAAAAACUCAGGGAUUGCAAAGGAGAAAGCCAGGUAGUGUAAUUGCAAAUCUGUUAGUGAGAGGUAUGACCAAGUCACUGCUUUGCAAGUCACAAGUAAGUCACAAGUCUUUCCAGUCAAGUCCAAGUCAAAGACAACAAAGUCCAAGUCGAGUCAAAAGUCAAUGAUGUGGAAGUCUAAGUCAAGUCCAAGUACUUAACUUAGAAUUUUCAAGUCAUAACCAAGUCACCUGUCCAACUUCAAUUUAAUGACAAUGAUAAUAAAUAAAUUCCAGAAAUAAAGCUUCUAAAAGUUUCAUUUAUUUGCUCUAACAAGCAGAAAGUGCAACUGAAGCUGAUUAUAAACAAAGUGCUGCUGCAUUUAGCAGUACAAGAUCAAACCCAGAACCAAGAAGGAAUUAUGAUUUUGGUCCACGACGUCGUGUCACUUUUGUGCUAAAAUAUCAGAUAUGCUCAAGUAAUCAUCAAGUCAACAGAUGCAGUUGAUUCAAGUCAAUAGUCACAGGUGUUCAAGUCCGAGUCAAGUUGUAAGUCUUUGUAGAUUUUAUCAAGUCAAGUUAUAAGUCAUUAAAAUAAUGACACAAGUCUGACUCAAGUCCAAGUCAUGGGACUCAAGUCCACACUGGUAUUUUCUAAUUUUAAGAAGUUGAUUCAGAUAGGAACAGGGGCGGCAUUAGGCCCGGCUACUUGGGCUCAAGCCCCGAAUGUUUUAUGAAAAAGACUAGUGCGUGUUACGUGUGUGUGUGCGCGUGUGCACGUGUGUGAAGCCCCGGAUCUUCUUCAGUCCUACAUCCGCCCCUGGAUAGGAAGUUUUACUUUUGAAAUUAUUUUAUUUCUUUUGUCAAUAUUUUUUUAAUCUCAAUUUCCUAGUGUUUGUUUUGAUCUUCAAAGUGUUUUCUUGAUCUUAUUGGCACAAAUCUAAUCCCAUAAAACGCCCCCGAAAAGAUGUUCUGAUGGUGGCAGUCUGCACUUGGCGAGGGAAGACAGCUUGCUGCUAAAUGAACUAGCCAAAUGUAAGAGAGUCCUUCUAGCCAAUCAGAGGCGAGAAAGGCGGGCUCUUCCUUGGACAUCCUACGAUUCCAAAUGACGCGUCCGGCGUCCCGUUUGGGUAAAACACAAUUGUAAUUUGAAAAUAGACAUCACAUAAUUUAGGCAAGACAGACAGAUAGACAUAACAAUUGCAGAUAGAUAGAUAGAGAGACUCAUCGUUUAAUUACAACAAAUUUGGUGACGUCAUCAGUAAACACGAGCCGUAUUCGUGUCUCACACGCUUCUCGCCUCAGUGCCAGUGAAGCAUUCUGAUUGGCGCAGUGGAGCUCGCGCCGCAGGCAUCAGACGAACCUGGAGGAAUCACGAGCAUCUUACCUCCUGAUAUAUGUGAGCAGCAGCUGUACCGGGGAAUAGCAGGAUGGCGUCAGGACGACGGGGUCUCGUAGCCCCCCAGAACACGUUUCUGGAGAACAUCGUCCGUCGGUCUAACGAUACCAACUUCGUGCUGGGGAAUGCUCAGAUUGUGGAUUGGCCAGUUGUCUACAGCAACGAUGGCUUCUGCAAACUGUCUGGUUAUAACCGAGCUGAGGUCAUGCAGAAGAGCAGCACCUGCAGCUUCAUGUAUGGAGAACUGACGGACAAAGAGACCAGUGAGAAAGUUCGCCAUACCUUUGAGAACUACGAGACGAAUUCUUUUGAGAUUCUGAUGUACAAGAAAAAUCGGCUGCCGGUCUGGUUUUUUGUAAAGAUUGCUCCAAUCAGGAACGAGAAGGAUGAAGUUGUUCUGUUUCUUUGCACCUUCAAUGACAUCACAGCCUUCAAGCAACCCAUUGAGGAUGAAUCAUCCAAAGGGUGGGGUAAGUUUGCCCGUCUGACACGUGCAUUGACCAGUAGUCGAGGAGUUCUUCAGCAGCUUGCUCCAGCGGUGCAAAAAGGAGAGAACGUGCACAAACAUUCACGACUUGCAGAGGUUCUACAACUGGGUUCAGACCUUUUGCCUCAGUACAAACAAGAAACUCCAAAGACACCCCCACACAUCAUUCUGCACUACUGCCUGUUUAAAACCACCUGGGACUGGGUCAUCCUCAUCCUCACCUUCUACACAGCUAUCAUGGUGCCCUACAAUGUCUCCUUCAAGACCAAACAGAACAAUGUCAUCUGGCUGGUGGUGGACAGCAUUGUCGAUGUCAUAUUCCUCGUGGACAUCGUUCUCAAUUUCCACACCACCUUUGUUGGUCCUGCAGGAGAGGUCAUCUCUGACCCAAAACUAAUUCGCAUGAACUACGUGAAGACCUGGUUCGUCAUUGACCUGCUGUCCUGUCUGCCUUAUGAUGUCAUCAAUGCCUUUGAGAAUGUGGACGAGGGAAUAAGUAGCCUCUUCAGCUCACUGAAAGUGGUGCGUCUGCUGCGUUUAGGACGAGUUGCCAGGAAGCUGGACCACUACAUUGAGUACGGCGCUGCGGUUCUGGUUUUGCUGGUGUGUGUGUUUGGCCUGGCAGCCCACUGGCUGGCCUGUAUCUGGUACAGCAUCGGAGACUACGAGGUGAUUGAUGAGGACACAAACAGUGUGAGGUCGGACAGCUGGCUGUACCUGUUAGGAGAGACUGUGGGGACACCUUACAGAUUCAACGUGUCAGGCUUGGGCCGCUGGGAGGGGGGCCCCACCAAAGACUCUUUAUACAUCUCCUCGCUGUACUUCACCAUGACCAGUCUAACCAGCAUCGGAUUUGGAAACAUUGCACCAAACACGGAUGGAGAGAAGCUCUUUGCUGUUGCUAUGAUGAUGAUUGGAUCUCUUCUGUAUGCCACCAUCUUUGGUAAUGUCACCACCAUCUUCCAGCAGAUGUAUGCAAACACCAAUCGUUACCACGAGAUGCUUAACAGCGUGCGAGACUUCCUGAAACUUUACCAGGUUCCCAAAGGCCUCAGUGAGCGAGUGAUGGACUACAUCGUAUCUGCGUGGUCCAUGACCAGAGGCAUCGACACCGACAAGGUGCUGGAAAUUUGUCCCAAGGACAUGCGGGCUGACAUCUGCGUCCAUCUUAACAGGAAGGUGUUUAAGGAACACCCGGCCUUUCGGCUGGCCAGCGACGGCUGCCUGCGGGCUCUUGCUAUGGAGUUCCAGACCAUCCACAGUGCACCGGGCGACUUGAUCUACCACGCUGGAGAGAGUGUGGACAGUCUUUGCUUUGUGGUGUCGGGGUCAUUGGAGGUCAUCCAGGAUGAUGAAGUGGUGGCUAUUUUAGGGAAAGGUGACGUGUUUGGGGAUGUGUUCUGGAAGGAGAUGACGCUGGCUCAGUCUUGUGCUAAUGUCAGAGCACUGACCUACUGCGACCUCCAUGUCAUCAAACGGGACGAGCUUCUGAAAGUUCUGGAAUUUUACGCUAACUUUGCAAACCACUUUGCCAGAAACUUGGUUCUCACCUACAACCUGAGGAAGAGGAUUAUCUUCCGAAAGAUCAGCGACGUCAAACAAGAGGAGGAGGAAAAACUAAAGAGGAAGGAUGAAGCACCUUUGAACCUCCCCCCGAACCAUCCGGUCAGACGACUCUUCCAGAGGUUCCGCCAGCAGAGGGAGGCAAGGAUAGCUGCUGAGCGGAUCAAUCAAGAACUAGGUGAAGUGGAGAAAGGUGUUUCACACGUGGAACCUAGAGGUCCUCAAAUGCUUUCCUCCACAAAUUUUGUCAUGGUAACUGAGAGCUCAGUCACACCCACAGCCGCAGCUUUUGCUUCAUCCAGGGGGUCCAGCCGAAUCAUGCUCAACAGUUCCAUCACACAGAACACCAACCUGCCAAGCUGCAAGUCUGCAGAACCUCCCAAGGCUAAAGGCUGGGGCUUGUUCAAGGAGUCUGUUGUAAAAGCAGACUCAUGGAGCAGCGUUUCCAAGGCCGAGUCAGUGGAAUCGCUGCCUGACAGAACUAAAUCUCAUGGGGAAAUGUUGCUUAAGAAAACAAAUUCUUGUGACAGCGGCAUAACAAAAAGUGACCUACGCUUAGACAAUGCUGGUGAAGCCAGAACCCCACAAGAGAGGAGUCCUGUCCAUUCGGAUGAAAAGAAAGUAUUUUGUCCGAUACCAGAGCAGAGCAUCCAGAUGUCAUUCCUUCAGCUGAAACAAGAAUUAAGAAGGGACAUGAGAUAUCUGAACAGUCGCAUGGCAGCACUGGAAACACAACUGGCCGAACUGCUUCAAAUCCUAAAAUCCAGAAAGUCCUCUGAGUCCUUUUUCGAGAUGUCUCGGCCGCCAUCCGCUGAGUCUGAUAAGGAUAGUUUUUCUUAAACUGGAUGUUCUAUCAGUCUGAUGGAAACAAAUUUAAAGUAUUCGGCUGCCAGACUGAUGACAAGAAUAUCAGCAGCUGUUAUCAUUUAUAGUUAUAUAAUUUUGAUAUUUAAGACUACAACUGGAAGAGGAAGAAACCCUAUAUGAAGCCAUGUAUUUGCUGAAAUAAUAUCUCUGAUCUUCAGGUGACCUUCAAAACUUCCCACAUCACUUGCAAUAAUGGAUGGAUGAUUUAUCGUUUUAAACGGAACUUUAACACUGUGAUGAAGUAUACCGUAAAUCCUCUAAUAUUGGCCUGUAUUCAAUUAACGGCCGGGUAUCAUAUUUUGGCCGGUGUCGGAGUCGGCGGAGGUGAAUAAUGGCCGGUUUUUUAUUGUGGCUGGGUGGAAUGUGGUAACAAGCAAGUAUGGGGGCGGUUGUGUCAUCCGUCUCACUUUUGAUUUGCCAGUGAUGGACCGCGAGGGUAACUUUAACCGUGCAGAGACGAAGAGGAGGUGAAAAUUCGAUAUCAAGUUCAAAGAGAACGUGCUGAUUAUGCUGCAGCAGCUCGCACUCCGCUGUUUUUGCGGUCGGUAGAUCUUUUAGAACUGCAGUUCCAAGGUAACUCAUAAGGUGAAUAUAUAUGAACCCAGGUAGCAGUUUUUCUUUAGGACUGAGAGGAGAUGCAGGAAGAUAAUAAACAGGCAGGACAGAAAAAUAGUCAAAUAAAAACAAGUUAGUUUUUGUACCUGCUGGUUGCAACAAACAGACACCACUGAAGGUAAUCAGAAGUGAGAAACAGAAAAUGAAAUAAUUAUUUUAAUGUUUAGAGCAGCAGGAACUUCGAGAGGCUGCAGGCGCAUCAGUGAGUUUGCGGCCGCUGCGCAGGGGGAGGGGGGAGGGCUGAAGCAGAAACUACCGUUGUUAAGAGAAAUGUGUUUAACUUUGAAAAUGUGGGCGCAAUUUUAAUUGUCAAAAACUCCAGCGAACCAUUAGUUCAUUUUGCUCAAAUAGAAAUAGAGGCCUGCCUCUAAUUCUGGUCCUCCUUCCAAUAAAGGCCUGGAGCUUGAUGUGCUUGAGUCAAAUACAGGCCCGGGCCUGUAUUAGAUGAUUUACGGUAUUUAGGAUAUUUUUGAUAAAUGUCUGUGCUUAUCUAAAUUAGGAGAAGGUCUGGUAUAAUUUCUAGUCCUCUGCUUUACAUACAUACAUUUCACAGCAGAACACCAAAGUUGUGACUGGUUCUUCUAAGCAACAAUAAAAGGACAAAAAAUCAAGAAGCAUUUGGAUGUAGUUCAUGGAUCGUCUUCUAGGCUUUCAUUUACUGGGUUGGGCAUCGAGCAGCAACUGGAAUCGGGACUGUCUGUUUUUCUCACAAUCAUUCAAAGUUUUUUUCAUUUCGAUUCCUAGUUUCAAUUCUUAGUUUGCCGACCGAAAGAGAAAUCUGCGGCUGAUCUCCGUGGGAAAAAAAAAACGUGAUUUGCAAAUUCUUAUCAAUGCUUUUCAGAGCUGAGAACACCAUAGCUGUCAGUCGGUCCUACUUUGCAGCCCAUAGAGAGUCUGAGCCUGUUGCAUCCUUCCUUCCCUGACAAUGAGCGGGCGCACGUUAGCAAAAAUGUAGCGUCUGCCAAACUUUUACUCCACGAUGUUUAUUCCUGCAGCAAAACGUACGGCGUGGAGGAAGCUCGUUAAAAUGUGGCAGCACGUGGAUUUAAUAGAAUUUUUCAAAAACAAACUCCAGGCGGAGUGAGGUGAGUUUGGCUCACUGCAGAAAUCAAAACACACACCGAGCAUCAUCAGUCAAACGCAGCCACUCACUAACACUUGUCUGUGUGAGCGUGAUAGUAUUAGCUUUGUGCUUUUAGAAUUUUAAAACAGAAAAGGGACCAGAUGUGCGCUGGCUCCCUCCUGCCUCAAACAUUUGAAUGUUGUCAGUGGACCUGGAGUUUUAGUUUGAGGUUAGCCAUUUGCUUGUUUUAAAUGUAAAACCUGAGACAGUACACGGUUUAUUUUAGGAAGAAAGGUGCACUGUGAAUUUUAAAUCCUUUUAUAUUAAAACAUUGUUUGAAUUUUACCAUCCUACACGUGCCUUUUUGUGUUAUGGUAAAUGGCCUGUAUUUGAUAUAGCGCCUUCUAGAGUCCUGGAACCCCCCAAGGCAUUUUACAACACAAUCAGUCA